AUGACCACAUGGAUGGCGCUGUUCGGGCUUGUGUGGCUUCUGCGUGUGCGCGGCUCCCUUUGCGGAUGUUCCGCGUGCAAACGGGCCAGGCUCGAUCUACCGGAAGAAAGCCCACGCGACAGCCCUGAAGACCGUGCGCCUUUUGACGUCAUCGCCCUACAACACUACACUCGUGACGUCACUGUUCAAACGGAUUUUGAGGAUGACGAAGUCGAGGACCUCGAUAAGAUCGAGUUACAAAUUACUGAAGAAUCGAAUGCGAGCAACUUUGAGGGCGGUCGUGAACAAACGCAGAGCCCAGAAGGCGGACACCACGUCACAGGAAACAGUCAGUUUUCACAAGACUCGGACGAUAUUUGGGAGACUAUCGAGGUGACAUUAGAGCGUGGGGCGUCAGGACUAGGUCUUAGUAUAGCAAGUGGUGAGAGCGAGGGCGACGUUAGCAUAACACGGAUCGCACCCGUGGGCGCUGCAAAGAAUGAUGGACGUUUGCAAAUUGGAGACAUCUUAUUGCAGGUCAACGAUGUCUCUGUCGAGAAUGCACCACACUCGGUAGCGGUAGACGUUUUACAAAAUGCAGGAAACAUUGUGAGACUAAGAGUUCGGAGAGCUCGCCGGCCAAGGGUGGUGACACUGUAUAGAGGCGUGCGCGGUUUGGGUCUGGGUAUAGCGGGCGGAGCGGACGAUGCCGCGGGUGGCGGUGGCGUUUUUAUAUCGCACAUCGCUGCAGGUGGUGCUGCCCAUCACGACGGCAGACUGAAACUGGGAGAUAAAAUACUGGCUGUCAGGGAUGAGGAUGGUAUAGAAACAUCUUUAAUCGGAGCAACCCACGCAAAAGCAGUAGCAGCUUUAAGGAGAACGGGUGAACAUGUGACCCUAGUGGUUUUACCCGCUACAAUACCACCCGUAGUGAGAACCGCUCCGCUUUACUCAACACGAACACAAGCAACGUCGUGUUCCACGCUCCACGAGCUUUCGGAAGAGGAUCCAAAUAAAAUACCAAGAUGUGUGCGAAUGGUACGGCUCGUUCGUUCUGGAUCACGUUUAGGAAUGGAUAUAGUAGGUGGUUUAGGUGAUGCUGAACGGGGAAGUGAUGAUGAUGCUUGUGGGGUCUUUGUAUCUGGAGUGGCUAUGGGAGGAGCUGCCCAUGGAAUGUUGCACAAGGGAGACAGAAUAUUAAGCGUUGACGGACGGGACCUUACACGAGCCACGCAUGAACAAGCUGCUGCGGCUUUAAAGUACUCGGGUGGUGCUGUAACCGUAGCAGCUCAAUACCAGCCGGAGCAGUAUGAAAGGCUGCGUGCACGCAUCCGAGCGAUCAACGCUUCUGUAUCGCCGCACGCACACCGCGUUCAUGUUCCUGUACAACCUGACUUGCAUACUAUUUAUCCUAGGUAA